CAGCGAGGAGAGCGUUUGGUGGCCCCGCGUCGCUGCGAGCGGAAGGCGCGGCUCCAAUAGUUCAGUCGACGGGCGAGAGCGCAUCCAGAUCCAGAUGUCCGGCAUUCGUCAGAGGCGCCUGCUCACGUGCGGACGACGCUCGGGAGCCCAAUCAGCGCCGUGCCGUGUCCCGGCUCUUCGCCCCGUCCAAUGGGCGCACGCGGCCCAAUGGGAACCGCUCAGCGCUGGGAGAGCCUGGCUGAGGCUCGCCCCCGAUGCCAUCUCGUGCUCCUGGUGACGACGCCGCCGGCUCUCACCAGCUCUCACCCGCGCGAGCGUUCGUUUGGGCCCAUCAUGAUCUCGCGUCCUCUGCGAUGGUCUCUGCGUUACAGCGGUCGAGAGCCCGUCGAUAACAACAACAGCCUCAGCCCGCAAAACUCAACUCGACGGAUAAGUACAGAUUGAGUAUAGGACCUUGUGUGCGGCGUCAAUUCAAA